AUUAUUCACAUAACUUUAAACCAUAACGAUGAAGUUAUUUUAUUGUAUUUUAUUCGGGUUAGCAGUAAUACCAAGUUCUAUUAAUGCCCAUGGUAGACUAAGAGAACCACCGUCGAGAAGCAGUAUGUGGAGAGACGGCUUUGAUAAUCCACCUAACUACAAUGACAAUGAAUUGAAUUGCGGAGGAGCAGGACAUCAACACGGACCUAUGCAAGGUAAAUGCGGUCCAUGUGGAGAUCCGUGGAAUCAACCUACUCCAAGGGAUAAUGAAUUCGGCGGUAAAUUUGGUAAUGGUGUUGUUACAAGACUAUAUCAAACAGGACAAGUUAUAGACAUUACUGUUGAAAUCACCGCUAAUCAUAGGGGAUGGUUUGAAUUUAGAAUAUGUAGUCAAGACACAGCUGGAAAUCCUAUAACCAACGAAUGUUUUGACAACAAUAUCCUCGAAUUUGAAGAUGGCUCAAAGAGAUGGCAUCUUCUACAAUCGGAAAACAAGCCAUAUCAUUUUAAGGUCAAGCUCCCCGACAAUCUUGAGUGUCAAAAUUGUGUCAUACAAUGGAAGUGGAAUUGUGGUAAUUCAUGGGGUCAGGAUCCAGGAUCAGGAUCUGGAUGCGUUGGCUGCGGACCUCAAGAACAAUUUUAUGGAUGUUCUGACGUGGCUAUAGGUAAGAAUUUCCCCCCACCUGCCACAGCAGGUCCAACACCGUCCGUUCCAGCAACAGACCCAACUCCUUCACCUUGGCCGUCAUCAAUUCCAGGUGUAAGAUGUAGAGGAAUCGGAGAGUGGUUAGGAGAUCCAAACAAAGAUAAAUGGUGUGAACUCAAUUGCGCUCAUUUCCCUCCCAACUGUCCCCAAGACAAAUGUUUCUGCGAAUUGUCCUAA